CAAGAACAAGGCGAAAGUCUCAUUGCAUCGACCGCGACCUGCACAGAGACACAAAUUUCAUCCACGACUGGCCGUAGGCUGGAGAAUCUCGGCAGUAAUAGCAACGAUUGAGUGCCCAAGAUGAGCGUAUGGCGCGCAGCCCAAGCUGGCGAUGGCCGCACCUAUUACUACCACACGCAGACGAAGCAGACGCAAUGGACAAAGCCAGAUGACUUUGAGGAUACCGAAGCAGCCAGUAGGCCUGCCACGUCGAAAGGCCCCAGCGAGGGCUCCGAAUGGGCUGAAGCAGUCGCUGCCGAUGGACGAAAAUACUACUACAACAGCAAAACGCGCGAAACUACAUGGGAAGCACCUGCUGGCUUUGCGCAACAGCAUAAUCACGCAGCACCUCAACCCACUCAAGCGGCCGGGCCUACGUAUGUCGCUGGUGGUACCUCCGGAUUUGGUGGUCGUGACCACAGUGGCUCGGAACAGCGCAUGGACAGGAUCGAACGAGGCCAUGGUCUACCACAGAAGCCGAACUUCGAUAGUCCUCGAGGAGGCAACAAUCCAUGGGAACGACAAGAACAUGCCGGGUUUCGAGGACCGACUGCAGCGAAGCCAGAUGAACUAGAAUUCUCGUCUACAGAAGCUGCAGAAUCUGCUUUCUUCAAGGUGCUCCGUGAGCACCAUGUCACACCGGACAUGAAGUGGGCAGAUGCUUUCCGUGCGAUCUUUCGCGACCGUGAAUCGCGCGCAAUCAAAGACCCGAAAGAGAGGAAGCUAGCGUUCGAGAGAUACUGUCACGAGGUACGAGCGGAAGAGAAGAUCAAAGAAAAAGAACGAAAAGAUCGCAUGCGUGAUGAUUUUCGAAAAAUGCUUGCAACACAUGAAGAGAUCAAGCAUUACACUCGAUGGAAGUCAGCAAGAGCGCUGAUCGAGCGCGAGGCAGUUUUCAAAGCGACGAGUGAUGAAGAUGAAAGGCGCAGCUUGUUCGAAGAGUACAUAUUUGAGCUAAGAAAGCAACAUGCGGAGAACGAGGCUGCCCGGCGCAUAACCGCCAUGCAGGAGCUUGACGCAAUGCUGAAAGCUCUUGUGGUCGACCCAGAUAUGAAGUGGUCGGAUGCACAAUCCAGCAUUAUGGAUAAUGAGCGAUUCAAGUCAGAAGAUGAUUUCAGAUCGCUUCAUACCAUUGACGUGCUCUCGGCUUUCGACAACCAUAUGAAAGAUCUGGAUAGAGUUGCCAAUGAUGCCAAGCAGGCAGACAAGCGGAUGCGCGCACGACGGGAGCGCCGGGCUCGGGACGAUAUGAGAGCAUUGCUCGCCGAGAAAACCCGAGAAGGCAAAAUUAGAGCAGGGACGAAAUGGCAGGACUUCCGGUCGUCAGUCAUCGGCGACGAGCGUCUGAUCAAUUUCAUUGGCACACCUGGAAGCACUGUACUUGAGAUGUUCUGGGACGUAGUCGAGGAUCAAGAGGACAAGCUCCGCUCAAAGCGUGGAGUGGCCCUGGAUGUUUUGGAGAGUCUGCGAUUCGAGAUGACGACAGAAACAAGCCUCGAUGAGUUUUUGAAGCUCAUGCGCGAGCAUUCGUCCACCAAAAACUUCGACGAAGAGGACCUGCGCAUGAUAUACGAUAGAUUGAUCGCCAAGAUCAAAAAGCGUGCCGAGAAGGAGAGACAUGAUGCCGAACUGCACCAGAAGGCAGCGGUAGACGAUCUGAGGUCAUUGAUGAGAGAAGUACACCCUCCCAUUCGUCUUGAUCAUAGCUAUGACGACGUGAUGCAGAAGCUCGCAGGUCAUCGAGAAUACAAGCACGCCAAUGAGAGCGCACGGAAGACUGCUUACGAAAAAUACAUCCGUCGCCUGAAAGAACGGGAAGAGCAUGACCGUGAGCGCAGCCACACCCGCCGCGACCGUGAUCGCGAGACCAAUGGCUCUUCAAGACGCGGCCACGAACGUGACCGUGACGACAGACAUCGCCGGACUCGAAGCCCGGAAAUGGAUGCGUACGAGGCUGACCGCAAGAGAGCACAGGCGGACCGCGAACGUCAUUACCGCACAGGAUCAUUCGGCUUGGGCUCGCCUUCCCGUGAUCGCCGCGAUGACAGACACGGAGGCCGACUGGAUCGCUAUGAAACAUACUCACAUUACGACCGCGAGCGGCGAGAUCGCGAAGUGGAGCGCGAGCGCAGCUACGUCAGCCGUGCUGACCCGCGCGAUCAGACCCGCGCGCUCAAUUACGGCGACGAUGAUGUCGUUGGAAGCCGCCCGGGCUCUGUCCGCAAGCGACAGGAUUCCGACGCUAGCUUCGAUAGCAAGCGCGAUUCAAAGCGCACUCGACGCGAUCGUCGCACCGAAACUGUCGAACCUGAGCCCGCACCCAAGGAAGACGCCCCUGAGCUGCAAAGCGGAAGCGAGGAGGGCGAGAUUGAGGAGGUAUAAGAGCCAUUUGACUGAAACGUCUUCGGCGCAUAUCCUCGGUCUAUCAUUGCUCGCCACAUGUACCAUCCUUUACUCCCCCCUUUAGCGCAUCCCGUCUUCCCCUUCCGACUAAUAACACAACAGCCACAUCAAGCUCUACAGCAAGCCUAGCCGACAUUGCUCACACAAUAAUUGCACAAGUGCGUUGAUGAAAUACGCUCAGCACUUUCGAUGUGGGCCACCGCGUAAAACAGCCUGUUUGGCGUCUGCACCAGGCUUGGAACGAGACAUGAGGUGGUUGGAAUGCCUCUCGGCCAGCAGCAUCGAUGCGUGGCUCAUAUGGCUCGCCAGGCCGAGAAUGUAUGCGACCGUGUCACGGCCCUCUCAAUGAACGGAUGCUUGAAACGCGAAGAUCAUCGGUACGUCAUUUACUUUUAUAGCAAGAAGAC